GGGGUGAACCAUCAAAGAUGCAGGCAGCCAUCCUCUCCCUGCUUCUCCUGGGUGCCCUGUCAGAAGACCACACACUAUGGUGCACUUUUGCUUCCAGAGGACAAAGCCAGGUCUGCUGAAGGGCGGACUGUUCCUCUCUCACCUUGUUAAGUGGGACCCUGAUCCUGACUCAACCUCAAAAAUAUGAGGGUCGCAGAGGACGGGAGGAGGGGAGCUGCCACACCAGCACCUGCUUCAGGGUCGUGGAACCAGGCAUCCACAAAAUAAUCUCAAACAAGAGGGCCAGGCACUGCACCUAAUCCACUUACCUGCUACAGGCAACGUGGCAGAGAAUUCGCCACCUGAGACUUCAGUGCACAAGUUUUCUGUGAAAUUAUCAGCCUCCUUGUCACCUGUGAUGCCAGGGUUUCCCCUGAUAAUCAACUCAAGUCCCCUCACGGAAGCCUUCAGGGUGAACUGGCUCUCAGGCACUGACUUUGAGGUUGUCACCACUGGGAAGGAACAACUAGAUUUUGAAACAGGACCACGCAUAUUUGAUUUGCAGAUUUACGUGAAGGAUGAUGUGGGUGUCACUGACCUGCAGAUCCUGACGGUCCAGGUAACGGAUGUGAAUGAGCCGCCUGAGUUUCAAGGCAACUUGGCAAAAGGUCUAGACCUCUCCAUAGUGGAAGGAGCAAAUCCUGGAUUCCUUUACCAGUUUGAGGCCUUCGAUCCUGAAGACACAAGACAAAACAUACCACUCAGUUAUUUCCUGAUUCCGUCUUCAGAGAAUUUCACAAUGUCCAAUAAUGCGACCUUCUUCUCCACAACAGAAUUUGACUUUGAAGCAGGACACAGGAGUUACCAUUUCGUGGUGGAAGUGAAAGACAGCCAAGGGCUCAAAGCCUCCACAGCGCUCCGGAUAAACAUCGUGAACAUCAACGACGAGGUGCCUCGCUUUACCAGCCCAAGGCAAGUGUAUAGGAUUCCCGAGGAGCUGGGUCCAGGAACCAUCGUGGCCAAUAUCACAGCCGAGGACCCUGAUGAUAAAGGCUUUACCAGCUUCCUCCUCUACAGCAUCACUACUGUUAACAGCUAUUUCAUGAUCAAUCAGUUGACUGGGACCAUCCAAGUGGCCCGCAGGCUAAACCGAGAUGCAGGCGAAUUGAGACAAAAUCCCACCAUUUCUCUGGAGGUUCUGGUGAAGGACAGACCCUUUGGGGGCCAGGAGAAUCGCAAGCAGAUAAUCUUCAUCGUGGAAGACAUUAAUGAUAAUCCCUCAACGUGUACCAAGUUCACCUUCGGCAUUAUGGUGCCUGAGAGAGCAGCCAAGGGGAUGUUGCUUCUGGACCUGAACAAGUUCUGCUUUGACGAUGACAGCGAAGCACCAAACAACCAAUUCAACUUCACCACGCCAUCUGGAGUGGGGAGCAGCGGCAGAUUUUUACAGGAUCCAGCUGGCUCUGGGAAAAUUGUGUUGAUCGGUGACCUAGAUUAUGAAAAUCCAAGUAAUCUAGCAGCCGGCAAUAAACACACUGUGAUAAUCCAGGUGCAAGAUGUUGCCCCUCCUUACUAUAAAAAUAACAUCAACAUUUAUAUCCUAACAAGCCCAGAAAACGAGUUUCCUCUUGUCUUUGAUAGUCCGUCCUACGUAUUUGCUGUGUCAGAAUUAAGCCCAGCUAGAACCCGGAUUGGACAGGUGCGUGCGACAGAUAAAGACCUCCCCCAGGGUGACAUCAUAUACUCCAUCUCUACUGGAGGGGCCAGCCUGCAGUACCCAAACAUAUUUUGGAUUAAUCCCCAAACGGGAGAACUCCAGCUGGUGACUAAAGCAGACUACGAAACAAGCCCCGUCCACAUUCUCAGAGUCCAGGCCACCAACAGCGAGGACAGCAGCUCGGUCACUGUUACUGUGAACAUCCUUGAAGAAAAUGAUGAAAAGCCAAUUUGUACUCCAAACUCGUAUUUCCUGGCCAUCCCAGUGGAUCUGAAAGUUGGCACAAAUAUUCAAAAUUUCAAGCUGACGUGUACUGACCUUGACUCCAGCCCCAGGUCUUUUCGUUACUCCAUUGGCCCAGGCAACAUCAACCGUCACUUCACCUUCUCUCCCAACGCCGGGUCCAACGUUACAAGCCUGCUUCUUGCGACUCGCUUCGACUAUGCCAGUGGGCUUGAUAAGAUCUGGAACUACAAACUGCUUGUCUACAUAACUGAUGACAACUUGCUGUCCGGCAGGAAGAGAGCUGGGGCUCUUGUUGAAACAGGGACAGUGACACUGAGUAUUAGUGUCAUUCCUCGCCCAACCACAGUUGUCACCACAACCCCCAGGCCCAGGGUCACCUAUCAGAUCCUGAGGAAAAACGUGUAUUCGCCAUCGGCGUGGUACGUGCCUUUUGUCAUCACUUUGGGCUCCGUACUGCUUCUGGGUCUCCUGGUGUCCCUGAUCGUCCUGUUGGCCAAAGCCAUCUACAGACACUGUCCCCGCAAGACUGGGAAGCACAGGGCAUCUCUGGUGAAGAAAGGAGCUGAACAUAGGCACCUAGAUGUCUGUUCCCCACCAAGUGCAUCAGGGACGGAGAAUUCUCAGAGGGUUGAAUGCAGACCGAGUCUAUUUGCGACUCCUGCACAUGGAGGAGAAAUGAAGGACGCAAAGAGAGAGCUCGUGGUGGAAACAAUCCAGAUGAACACUGUCUUUGAUGGCGAAGCCAAAGACCCAGUUACCGGGGCAAUAUAUGAAUUCAACUCAAAAUCUGGAGCCCGAAGGUGGAAAGAUCCCUUAACCCAAAUGCCAAAGUGGAAAGAGUCCAGGCCCCCGGAAGCUGUCACUGGGGAAGGGACCAAGCCACCCAGGGGCUCUGACAAGGAAAGAGAUGGGCUGAGCGGCAAAGCCCAAGCUGAAUAUGCAGGCCCGGGGUCGAGGAACCAGGACGGCAGGCCGAGCACCCCAAAGAAAAGAAAUCCAGCCCUCAAGAGCCAGGCAUCCCCAAAACUGCACCCAGAAAAGUGAACGGUGUCUGCUUGCCAGGCUCACAGCACAGCACAGCCCACGGAGGGACCCCAACUGUCCUGGAUGCUGCCUCACCCUACAUGCUUCGAGGGCAGGGUGGGGGUCAGAGGGCUGAAAACGAAGGGGAGCCGGGGUCCCAGAUGGGAUGUCUGACAAACUUUAAAAUAAACAGAAAGAGGUUUGACCACA